GCGCUCGCACAUUCGCUGCGAUAUCGACGCGCUUGACGUUGCACCUUUGGCGCUUUGUUUAUCAUCCCGCCACGCGACCGUAAAUUUCUCGUCCCAGCGGACGCGCCUGACAGGUUUCUCCGAGCUCCAGUUAAGUCGCAAGUGCCGCGAUUUCGGAGAAUCGGCCGUCGAAAGGGGAGGAGCGAGACCGGAGCGCUGGCAGAGUCUCUCCCGCCCCCGCCCCCCUCCUCGGUGGGCCGAUAAGACCGAUACUGUAUUACUGAUCGACAUCGGUGGACUCGCGCGCGUGCAACGUGCUUCGAUCGAUCUUGAUCAAAUGCCAAAUGUGACAGCCUGUGGCUCCGUAGCUCCCUUCUCGUCGCGUCGCGUUCAGCGCGGCUCCGCGCGGGAAUAAGGUUAGCCCCCGGUUCGGCGCCGUUGCGACGUAAUUAACGCGCGUUUCGGAGAGAGAGCGGCGUGUUCUCGCUCCGCCCGCGGGAUGGGGACGAGGAUCCGCGUUGAGGUCUGAUGGUGCUGAGGCGAAAGUCGCGUCUAGUCGAUCGCGAAUCUCAGGCGUGUUUGAUGCCAACGUAACACCCGUGGACAAUGGACGGAGAGGAUUCCGUGGACGUGGACGUCGACGUCGAUCCCAUGGACGUGGACCCGCGGGAGCUGCUGGAGACCCUCCAGACGUACAGGAAGCUCGCGGACGACCUGGCGAACCACGACACGAUUCUGAAGGACAAGACAGUCUUGUCGUACGUAGCGUACGUCUUGGAAGUACCUGAUGUAGACGUGGUUACCCUAGCUCUGGACGUUCUGGAGAUAUUUGUUAAAAAUGUAGACAAUUAUAUACACAUAACGUCCACCUUUGGCGUGCGCGAAUCCUUGGAGGCGAUCAUCAACAAGUACGGCUUGAGCGAACCAAAGAUAGUCAGUCGAGCGCAGCACAUCAAAGAUGACAUAGAGCGCAUGAAACCGCCUAUAUAUAACUUGCGCAGUCGUUGCAGGCGAGUUAUAGAGCCCAAAAAGUUGAAGACACACGUAGUAGUUUUACACGUUCAAGGUUUAUUACCGGAAACUCGCGCCGAGCUCGAAGGGAUAUUAAUUAGGAUCGAAGGUCUCGUUUCGCUUGUUGUCGACGUAGAGCAUCAGCGUGUAACUAUGCGCACCUUGAAUUAUGUCACCGCGAAACAGAUCGCGGAAGCGAUCGACAACAAUACGGACAGCAUGGAAGCAAGAUUGGUUACGAGAAACAAAUUUAAUCAAGAGUUUCUCGUCAAGCUGAUACAAGCCGGCGACAGCGACAGUGAAGGAUUGCCCGAUUACUUACCCGAGGAAGAGGAGGAAGACGAUAAGGAGGGAGUUGUGUCACUGUUCACUGGUUUAAAACAAAGCGCUUCAUCCCUAUAUAAAUCUACCACCGAGUUUCUAAGUAAUUCAUUCUAUUGGUAGAAUUUCUAACUGUAACGGAGAUUGUAAUUUGUGACUGUUGUAAUUAUAAUUUUAUUUAUUUGAAAUUAAUAACAGUUUAUUUGUGUGUGUUCAAAGAGGGGCUGGAAAGAUUUCAAGUGUAUAAAUUGGGUACAUUACCUCAAUAGAUGUAUAUUGAAGAGAAAGACUUAUAACUUUUUAGCGAUAAUCAUGAUUAAUUCCAAUUAUUUAAGAAUCUCACACUCAUUUAAUGUAUUCAUAAUUGACGAUGCUUAAAGGGAGCAACAAAAUUAAUUGACUUUUACGAUUUAUAGUAAAUAAUACUUUGUACUCGUCGACUGUCUCAAGAGAAAAUUAACAUGUACAAACAUACUUCUAAGUUUUAAUGUCUAUAUUUGUAAAAAGAAGAGAAGCAUGUAUGUUACACGUGUAUUUGUACACAAAAUUAACUUUAUUUUUCGUAUUUUAACAGUUAUGCAUGCUUUAUCUUGUCACUUACCGUAUGUGAAGCAUUUAUGUAUGAACAUACAAAACUAUUUUACGAUCUCAGAGAUUUCUAAUUAAAUUCUACUAAUGUGUAAAUAAGUAAAUUCUCAAUGAGUGCUACGUGUGCACCGAAGAUCUAAUUACCAAAUCUUAUUCACAUAAAUGAGACUUCGUUUUAAAAGCUUAAUGUAAAAUGUUAGAUUAGAUGUAGAUAUUAAAUAUAUGUGAUAUACGACAUUCAAGCCGUAAUAGAGCUUUUCCAAAAUUAAAUAAAAAUAAUAUGAAAGAAUUUUUAUUAUAUAUAUUAUAUAAUAUUUAAUUUUUUAAUAGUUUCACUCAUUCUUGGUUUAUUAGUGGUUUUAAUUAUUAUCUUCAAUUGUCAUUUAUGAAUUGCUCUUUACAAAAUUAAUAAAUAACUCGUAGAUAAUUGAAAUAGUUUGUAUCAUUACAGCGAUUGACCUUAACGUUUUUAAAUAAUGAAACGAUAUUGUGUAUAAAUCAUUGAAAAGUUUUGGAAACAAUAUUUAAAAUACUCUAUCGAAUCUCAUUAUGCUCUAACCAAUGUUUUGGUUGCUCAUAUAAUCUCUACAUACGGCGCAAUAUAUAUUGUUUGGAUUUGUACAAAACUGAAAUAUAAAAUGUUGUGUAAAUCAACUUUAUUUUAUAACACAAAUUUUGUGUACUGCUUCUAUUAUUAUAUAAUAAUAGAACUAGUCAAUUUUUUAGCUGCCACUGCACAAAAAGGAACAAUUUAUGCAACUACGCGCAUAAGUAUGAUGGAUACAAUACGUAUGGUUACUACAAAGUACAUCUCUCUCUUUCUCUAUUUAUAAUAUGCCUCGUAAAUUAUUUCGUUCAGAUGAGCACAUCAAAAUCGUUAUCCUAUCUUAUCUUUUACGCUUAUUCACUAAGUUGUAUUGUCUAUAUUUACAGAUACAGAUGUAUAUAAUUGUCAUUAAGGCAAUUUGAGUUUCAAAGCAGGUACAAUAGAUGGAUGCAAAACAUCGUUUCUUUCCUGUAAUCGAGUAAACGAAAUAGUUCGUAGACAUGCGUGUGUGGAACAGAGAGAUAGAACUUACAAUAAUUAUUAGUACCGGUAAUUCGCGGAAUGAGUAUGGGGCUCGCGUGCAGUCCAGUGCUAUUGUUGAGCUUCGUUUUGAAACUCGCGUAACCAGCACCGCGUUUGACUAUUUCGCGCAAUACAACUCAUUUCUUAAACUAUACAUUAAAUGCUUAGGCUGAAAUCAAUAAGUACAUAGUCACCGUAGACCUACGCUCUCUGACUCUCGUUGGCUGUGAAGUACAAAAAAAAAAGGAAUCCAGUUUCUUACGUAUGAGCGUAUGUCUUGGAAAAUAUACAUACGAGAUAGUACAACGUGCCCUCCUAUUGUAAAUAUAGUAGUUUCCGAGGAAGGGGGUUUCGCACUUUUGUAUUUUUCCUCUUACUUUUCGAUUUACGCCUAACAUCUUCGUAUCCCUAAUAUAUUGCAAAUAUAAAAGAUCGUACAGGUACAACAAUAUCUUCCAAUACAUGCUUCAAA